AUGUCCUUUAAAGAUACUGAAGGAGCAGAUAAUGCAGAUAUUUCUGCAACCGAGAAACAAGAAUAUGGGUUGUCUAAAGAUAUUGAUAUUCUUUCACAGCCGUUUUCAUGGAAUCAAUUUACUACUUUAAUAGACAGUGUGAAGAAACAGAGUGAAUCAGUUAUUUCAAAUGCUAAAAAGGAUAUUUAUAUGUUCAGCAAUUUUUUAUCUAAAGAAAUUAAUGAUCUUAAAGAAGUUAUUUCUUCAAAUAAUAUUUUUGAUGAAAAAACAAAAGAAAGUUCAGAAAAUAAAAAGAAUAUAGACAUAAAUGAAGAAAAAAAAGAUGAAAAUAUUUUCUAUAGUUUGAAAAAUAGCACUUUAUUUAAUCAAAAUAAUCCUUUAAAGAGUAUCCGUCAAACAGAGACAUAUUUAAAUAAAUUAGGAAUACAUAUUGGGGAUUUUCUUAAAGAAAUCAUUGAAAUAACACCUCCGAAUACAGAUAUUUCAGAAAGAAAUAUUGAACCAUAUGAAAAGAAGCCUUUUCAUAAAAAAAGGGAGAUUUAUUUAAACAGAAAAGAUUAUGCACUACAUUUAUUGCAUUCUGAAAUAAAAGAUAUAAUGAAUAACAUUUCUGAUUCUACGGAAGAAUUUAAAGAAUGGGAUCAAAAAUUUUUUAUUUCUCAAAAAAUACAAGAUAUUGAAAAAUUACUUGAAACUUAUCCAGAUUUGAAAAUCUCAAUGGAAGAAAUGAUCCAAAAUGAGCUAUCAUAUGAAGAUUUUUGGAAAAAAUAUUUUUGGUUACGUCAAAAAUUAGAAAUAGAAGAAGAUAAAAGAAAAAAACUUUUAGAAAACACAGAUAUAAAAGAUAAUGAAAUUUUGAAAUGGGAUGAAGACGAUGAUUAUAAUAAUGAAGAAAAGCUGUCUAUUUUAAAACCUUUAUCAAAACUUACAUUGGAAAAAGAAUUAAAUACAAAUGACACUGAUACUUUUAAACAAGAAGAUACAAAAUACUUUAAUAAUAAAACAAUAUUAGAAACAGAUAAUAAAAACAAUGAAGACAACUAUGAUGCUUGGGAAUAA